GAAUCGCACGUGGGUUGCACUUGCCGCGUUUUAAAAUCUAAACGCUCGCUUGAUUGAUUGCGACUGUUUUUUUUUUUUUUUUGGCAGAGUUGUUGGAAAGAACGCUCUUUUAGGUCUCACUCUGUAAUCUCGCUCCCUCGCCGGACUUUCCCGACGCCGCCUUGUUCAAUCCCUCGACAUGAAGCUCACCGUCAAGACUCUCAAGGGUAGCCAUUUUGAAAUCAGGGUUCUGCCCACCGACACGAUAAUGGCGGUGAAAAAGAAUAUUGAGGAUUCGCAGAGCAAAGACAACUAUCCAUGUGGACAGCAGUUGUUGAUUCACAAUGGGAAGGUUUUGAAAGAUGAAACUACUUUGGUGGAGAACAAGGUUACCGAGGAAGGUUUUCUUGUUGUUAUGCUUAGCAAGAGCAAAACUGCAAGUUCAGCUGGUCCAUCUUCGGCUCAGCCUACUUCCACCACCACAUCUUCAGCUAUGCCUGCAGCUGCGUCGACGACCCAUUCUAUACCUGUGCCAGCUUCAGUUUCCACUCUUGCCCAAGAACAACCAGCGGCACCAAGUGACACCAAUGCUCAAGCUGCUUCAACUUUAGCUAGUGGCAGUAGUACUGAGCAAAUGGUUCAACAAAUAAUGGAAAUGGGAGGAGGCAGCUGGGACAAAGAAACAGUUGCUCGUGCACUUCGUGCAGCUUAUAACAACCCUGAGAGAGCGGUGGAUUAUCUAUACUCUGGAAUUCCUGAAAGAGAAACUGUUCCGUUAACUAACAUAUCUGGUGCAGACCUUGCCGCUCCUCCUACCUCUGGAGGACCUAACUCAUCUCCUUUGGAUUUGUUUCCUCAGGAAGCAGAAGCUGGUGCUGGAGAACUUGGAACGCUUGAUUUCCUCAGAGGCAAUGAUCAGUUCCAACAAUUACGAUCGAUGGUCAAUUCCAACCCCCAGAUUCUGCAGCCUAUGCUUCAAGAGCUUGGAAAGCAGAACCCCCAACUAUUGAGGCUCAUUCAAGAGAACCAAGCCGAGUUUCUUCAGUUAAUCAACGAGCCUUAUGAAGGAUCUGACGGGGAAAUGGAUAUUCUUGACCAACCCGAGCAAGAAAUGCCCCAUGCAGUCAAUGUUACCCCUGCAGAGCAAGAAGCGAUUCAACGGCUUGAGGCAAUGGGAUUUGAUAGAGCAUUGGUCAUAGAAGCCUUCCUUGCGUGUGACCGUAACGAGGAGUUGGCUGCAAACUAUCUGCUAGAGAACUCGGCAGAUUUUGAAGACUGAGUUCCCACCACAACAAAAAAAAACAGCCUUUUAACCAAAUCAGACCAUAAUGAAAAAGUUUUGUGCUAGUGCUAGCCUCUUUCAUCUGAACCCUUCAUUCUUACUCUGCUCAGAAUCUCAGAUGAUCAUAUCUUAUUUGUGAACUCAGACGAGUUUCUUCGUUAAAGAUCUCUUACAAACGUAUUUAUGUCUCUUCGUGUUACUUGCUAUCAGUUAUUUAAUUUUAAUGAA